AUGGAGCAGGUUGACGCCGAACGAGCAAGGCAAUUGUCGCUGUUCCGACCCCUCGGUGCUUCUUACUACGCUAGCUCCGUCUCGGUUCGUCCAGGUCAUUAUGAAGAACUCGUCAAUAGGGGAUGGAGAAGGUCCGGCACCCUGUACUACAAGCAGAACCUGCAGCGGUCAUGCUGUCCUCACUACACCAUGAGGCUUGAGGCCUCGGCCUACAAACCAAGGAGAGACCAAAGAAAGGCGAUCAACCGCUGGAACAAGUUUGUUCUGGGUCCGGAAUACAUUCGCAGAGCUGCGUACCUCUGCCCGAAGACCAGAGGGGAGAAGAAGCAUCGAAAAUGCACCUUUGAUGUUGUCGAUGCCGUCCACGAGGUCGAAUAUAGCAAUGUCAAGCGGCCAAUUGACCCGAAGACGAAGAGGCCAUUGGAACCGGCGCAUCGGUUUGAGAUCAACAUAGAAGGCGAUACUGUCUCCCAGGCGAAAUUUGAUCUAUUCCGCAAGUACCAGACUAAGGUCCACAAGGAGGAUCUCUCUAAGUGGCAAACGAAAGAUUUCAAGCGUUUCCUCUGUUCGGGACUGAAGCGGAGCGAACCCAAUGAACGAGAUGCACAGCGCAGACUAGGGUCGUGGCAUCAGUGCUAUCGGCUUGACGGGAGGCUCAUCGCCGUCGCUGUCUUGGAUCUGAUGCCUAACGGGGUCAGCUCGGUUUACAUCUUCUACGACCCGGACUACGAGCAUUGGGAAAUUGGCAAACUGAGCGCGAUGAGGGAGAUAGCCCUCGCAAUCGAAGAAGGCUAUAAAUACUACUAUAUGGGUUACUACAUCCACUCAUGCCAAAAAAUGCGCUACAAGGGCACUUUCCGACCUCAACACAUUCUCGACCCCGAAUCCCACACCUGGGAUCCUCUUGACGGCGAGCUAGCCACAAAGCUCAACACCCGACCUUAUGUAUCUUUUUCGCGAGACCGCGCCACCAACACCGACUCCGGAACUGAAGCAAGCACAGCCGGUGGCGCAGAGGCCGAAGCCGAAGCCGAGAUCAACGACGAGGAAGUCUCCCUCUUUGCGCUGAAAAUGCCGGGAGUCCUUACAGUCGACGAAGUUAAGAAGUUGGAUCUGGGGAGCUGGCUAUUGCUCGUUCAUGGGUCGUUUGUACAUAUGAGUGACUUGGUCGGAUGGGAAACGAUGCCUAUAGAUGAGCCGCAGUCUAUCAAGGGGAUUGUCGCCGAAUUGGCCGCGACAUUGGGACCGGCUGUCGUCAAGGAUAGCGCGGUGGUGUUGUUUGACUGA